AUGAAGUGGAAGCUGAGAAGGUUGUCAAGCGUCAUGGCCGUGCUGGCAGCUUGGGAUGAGUUGUCGAGCGGAGUGAGGCGGUACAAGUACCUUCCUCGAAAUUUCGCAGGACCAUGCGCAAGAGAUCAAGCUGAGACACAAAGCACACAAGCACAAGCACUUCGCGAGAUGACGGCUGAUUCCACCGCCCAAUCCAUCACCUUAGUGGAUAUUGGAGCAAAUUUGUUGGACCCCAUGUUCCAGGGCGUUUACCGCGACAAGGUUCGCCACUCACCAGACUUUUCUGCGGUUCUGUGCAGGGCUCAAGAGGCUGGGGUGACCCGCAUCAUCGUCACGGCGGGCAGCUUGCAGGAAAGCCAUGAUGCAUUGGAGCUUUGCCGGAAAAGCGUGAGCGAAGCCGGUUGGCCCAGUCUUUGCUGCACGGUUGGGGUGCACCCGACUCGUUGCUCUGAGUUUGAGACAGACCCGGAAGCUCAUCUUCGCGCACUCAUAGAUGUCGCGCGUACUGCAGCUCCUUUCUGCUGUGCAGUAGGUGAAUGUGGAUUAGACUAUGACCGCUUGGAAUUCUGUGGACGCGACGUGCAGUUAAAGUUUUUUGAGCAGCAGCUCUUGGAGUUGGCGAUUCCCCUGCAAAAGCCUCUUUUCUUGCACUGCCGCAGCAGCGAGGCAGCCGAGGAUUUGGUGAGAAUUCUGCAGAAAUAUAAGCAGGCACUACCAAAACGACCAGGUGUUGUGCACAGCUUCGAUGGCAGCUUGGAAGAGGCGAGAAGAUUUAUAUCGAUGGGUUUCUUCAUAGGUAUCAACGGCUGCUCAUUGAAAACGCAAGACAACUUGGCUGUCGUACAGGCCUUGCCACAAAAUCGCAUUUUGUUGGAAACGGACGCGCCUUGGUGCGGUAUCAAGCCAUCUCAUGCCGGAUAUGGGUAUGUUCGAAGCUCGUGGGAGGAGGUGAAGAAGCCUGAGCGUUGGGAAGAAGGUAAGUGUGUAAAGGACAGGUGUGAACCGUGCCAGAUGAGGCAAGUCUUAGAGGUUGUGGCUGGCUGCCGUGGAGUGUCACCAGAAGAACUGGCCAAGGCUGUCCUAGAGAAUACUGAUCAGUUCAUGAGUUCCAUGGUUGAGUCAGUUGAGUAA